GUUUCCUUUUCCCUUUUGACUGAACUGAGAGCUGUCACCCUUACCACGAUUCCCUGCAUCUCUGAGGACCAGCAGGUUUGAAGGCAUGCAGCUCCUCUGGAUGCCUCCAGGCACUGGUGAAAGGAUGGUGAUCUCCCAGUAAGGCCCAGGAGACGGCGUGACGUGAGAAGACAGUCUGAAUGGUUCAGAGAAGGUAGCAACAUGGAUGGAGAGCCACCCUGCACCAAGCCUCCCACCCUUCCUCACAAGAUCUCUCUCGUUUCCUCUCCCAUGAGGGCAGUCAUCCGCUUGCGACGAAAAGUCCGGAUCCAGAAGAAAAACCGCUUACAAGUGGAUCUCAGCAAGGACAAAUCUCCAGAGCUGGUCCAAACUAGGCUGCUUCAAAGGCAGAUUUCCCUGAACCGAACAAACUUGUGCAGUUCUUCUAUAUCCCUCUUUAAUCAAUCCGGCUUUGAAAAUUCUCGGUACUUCACCUUUGACACCUCUAGAGACCUAUGUACUCUGAAUAAAUCCAAACGCAAGAAGCAACGCAGAAAAUCCAAGGUAGUUCUGUAUCCAGAAAGCUCCAGAAAGUACCUUCCCACAGCAGAGAAGAGUAAAGCAAAGCGUUGUCUUUUCUUGCUCAUUGGUAUCAUCUUCUUGCAGAUUCUAAAUGCUAUUGAGAAUCUGGAUGACAACCUUCAAAAGUAUGACCUAGAUGGACUGGAGAAAACCAUGCACCGGGAAGUGUUUGGGCAAAAGCUGGCAGUGGAAAAAAUUAUGGAAUUGUUGAAGGACUAUCUGGCAACUCACAUACAUAAUAAGCCCCUAGUAAUCUCUUUAAAUGGCCCUACUGGUGUUGGGAAGAGUCAUGUUGGAUGGUUGCUAGCCAAACAUUUUCGAUCAGUCAUGGACAGUGACUUUGUGCUUCAGUACCUUGUGAUGCACCAUUGCCCAAAUAAGGAGGCUACUCUUGAUUGCCAAUUGGAUUUGUCUAAGAAGAUUUCUGACAUAAUAACCAGAGCGGAAACAGAGGAGAAAAUACCACUUUUUAUUCUAGAUGAAGUUGAGCAUAUACCUCCAGUCCUACUAGACACGCUCAGCAGAUUCUUUGAACCGAACCAGACCAAUGAGUUCCUCAAUGCCAUCUACAUUUUAAUAAGCAAUAUAGGGGAUAGUGAAAUCACCAAGUUUGUCACUCAGAAUGUUUCCACUGAGGAUUCGCUCAGCAGAGAACUCCCAAAUCUCAUCCAGCCUUUACUGAUCCACAUCCAUCCUCUUUGGAAUUCUGCUGAUAUCAUCCCAUUUGUUUUGUUGGAGAAGAGUCAUGUCAUAGAAUGCUUCAUGGAGGAGAUAAGGAGGGAGGGACUGUAUCUUAAUCAGAGCCAUAUAGAAAAUUUAGCAAGUCAGCUCUGUUAUAACACUACAGGGGGCCGGCAGUACUCCAAAAAUGGCUGCAAGCACGUUGGGUCCAAAGUCAGUCUACUGCAGCGACCUGUAUAAAUAAGAAGUCAAAUCCUGUUCUGAGUAAUUUGCAAUCAACUGAGACAUUCCAGACUUGUUGUACUGCCAAUGACAGCAGAAUUUGGCUGAUGCUGCUUUUCCGCAAGCAGGUAGAUAUGACGUUGUCCCACUGAGCACAUAAGUGGGUUCCAUGAAACAGAAGAGUCCAAUCACCUCUUCGUUGGCUAAACUCUGUUCUCCUAUUGAUGCAGUGGGGCUUAUCCACUGAAUUCCCACAAUUCUAUAAAUAAGCCCCUGCUAACUAAGUCCAGAGUAGCUCUCCAGUAUUUAUUGCUGUUGUGUUAGGAUGCCUAGAAGGUGAGAAUAAACCCACAGAACAUGUAUAGGGAGGGUGCAAAUUGGUAUGUGGGAGAUGGUGGGAUUUUUGGACUCAGCACACCUAGUUAGAUCUCCUUUCCUCAAACUCAAAUUCUGCAGCCCCUUUGCUUUUCUGCUACCUGGAUCUCGUAUAUAGGCUAAGUGGAUAGAAAUGAAACUGGUAGACAAGAGGAACAUCUGAAGUAACUGAAGAAUGAGACUGUUGCUCAAACAACCUUAAUCCCAGAGCUCUGCAUUCUUUGAUUCCCAGGAGGUGGGAGUCUCCUGGAAUGUGUUUUCCCAUAUUUGAUCAGCUUGGAAGCUGUAGCCCUUCAGAACCAUUAGUAACCUAAUCUUUGUCACUUCUAGGUUAGAGUCCCGCAAUACAAUUUUCCUAGUUAGCCCUGAAGAUUACUUACUAAUCUGCUUAACUAAAGGGUUUUAUUGAAAUCACCUUUUGUAUGAACCCUGCUGCUUCUUUUCUUAAGGAUGCAAAUUCACAGUGUUUAUUAUCUGGAAAAUUAUAACUGGCUAUUGACAGAGGUCAGGUAAUGCACAUCAAAAAAAGCCAGUUUGACCUGUUUAUGCAUGCCGCUGAGGUCUAAACCAACUACUCUUGGGGGAAAAAACCCAAGUAUCCUCACUGUGGAGAGCUCAAUGAAGCCACUGCUCUGUGUGCAGGGAUGGUGAAAAACAUGAAAAAAACAUGAAAAAAAUGUAGGUUGCAAGAGGAAUGUGAGAGGAGUAUUCACCACUGAAAACAUUAUACUGCCAUUCUUAUGGUGAGAGUAACUUCCAGCUUCCAUGAUGAGUUUCUAUUUCUUUUCUUUUUUUCUUCUAUAAAAUUUCUGGCUCAGAAAUUUGUUUUUUGCAGAGUUUGAGAGAAAUGUACACACCUGCUUUGGUGUGGGCCAUUAAAUCCUGACUGGAAACACUGAU